UGGGUCAUCCUCAACUCCAAGCGUUGGGAUUCUUAACCUUUUCACAUUUCACUUCAGAACCCUGGUUCCUCUCGCUAGAAUUGCAGAGAGAAGAAAUUUUGAUGGUAAGCUAAAGCUAAAAUUACAAUCCGAAAAUUCGACUCGAAUUGGAAGAAGAAUGGGAGGUUCAUCGGAGACGAAGUUCCUGCAAGACCUGUUGUUGUACGCGGCGAGCGCGGCGCUGAGUUGCUUGGUCUUGUUCGCGGGUCUCAGACACCUCGACCCUAAUCGCGAAGCAUCGAAGAAGCUUAUCGAGCACAAGAAGGAGAUUGCAAAACGUCUCGGUCGCCCCCUCAUUCAGACAAACCCUUAUGAGGAUGUUAUAGCCUGUGAUGUUAUAAAUCCUGACCACAUUGAUGUGGAAUUCAACUCUAUUGGGGGACUGGAAACAAUCAAGCAAGCUUUGUUUGAGCUUGUUAUUCUGCCUCUAAAAAGACCGGACUUAUUUUCACAUGGCAAGCUUCUUGGACCACAAAAGGGGGUCCUGUUGUAUGGACCACCUGGCACUGGAAAAACCAUGCUUGCCAAAGCUAUUGCUAAGGAAUCGGGAGCAGUUUUUAUUAAUGUGAGGAUAUCAAACCUGAUGAGCAAGUGGUUUGGGGAUGCACAAAAACUCGUGGCUGCUGUAUUUAGCUUGGCUUAUAAGCUUCAGCCUGCCAUCAUAUUCAUUGAUGAAGUAGACAGUUUUUUGGGUCAGCGUCGUGCAUCAGAUCAUGAGGCUUUGUUAAGCAUGAAAACUGAGUUCAUGGCUCUUUGGGAUGGAUUUACCACAGAUCAGAAUGCUCGAGUUAUGGUCCUUGCAGCAACUAAUCGUCCUUCAGAACUUGAUGAAGCAAUACUUCGGCGUCUUCCUCAAGCUUUUGAAAUUGGAAUUCCAGACCAAAGGGAGAGGGCUGAAAUAUUGAAGGUUAUCUUAAAGGGUGAGAGGAUUGAAGACAAUAUAGAUUUUGGUCAUAUUGCUGGCUUGUGUGAUGGUUACACUGGUUCAGAUCUAUUUGAUCUUUGCAAGAAAGCUGCCUAUUUUCCUAUAAGAGAACUACUGGAUGGAGAGAAGGAAGGAAAACGACCUCCUGCACCUAGACCUUUGUCCCAGUUAGAUUUGGAGAAGGCUAUUGCCACUUCACAGAAGACAAAGGUUGCUGCAAAUGAAUACGGAGGAUUCAGCCUUCAGUCACCUUCUAGAUGGACAGCACCUGGUGAGUCAGAGUAAAGCUUAAGAUUGAUCAAGACGAUGAGAUGCAGUGUGUAUCAAGUUGCCAACAGCCAUCAAUGAUUGUUGAGACCUCGAAGAAAUUAACUGGCAUUGGAGUGGGUUCGGCAGGGUUAUAAUUUUAAAGCACCGUGGGUGAGUCAUCAUCCUUGUGUGUUUUGUUGUCUUUCUGGUCCACCCGCAUAUGCUGAUCAUUAUCUCUAACCCUUGAAAGUUGCAAGCGUUCAUCAUGUAGUUAGGACCACAAAUUUGUACUUUUUUCCCUCUCAAAACUUCAUUUCUACAGUGGAGGCAGGACCACUACGUGGGGAGCGUAUCUUCCUCAGUUAGUUCCGGCUGAUGCCUGCCAUCAUUACUUGACCACUUUUAAGGUUAAAGGGAAGAAAAAACUAUAAAGUUAAAUAUCGAAUAAAUUUAAGAUUAACGGGGUAAUUAAAUAUACAUUGGCGUUCAUGAUUGAUCACAAUGCGAGAAGGAAAAUCUUUCUUUUCACUCAUUUAGGGUUUUGGAAUUGAAACUGACUAUUCUGUUUGGAAAUAUCCACGUCGUUGUCAAAUACCUGCAAGUCUUGUGGAGAAAAACAUCCUUACAGAAUAUUGGACACAAAUGGAAAUUAAUGUGGCAUCACCACUCUAUUUUUCAUGGAUAUGACAGUCUGGUUUACGGGAAUUUUCGAUCUUCUA